AUGAUGCAUUAUAUCCUCCAACAAUGUGGGUUUCAGCAUCAUCAACUUCAAAAAUAACAAACGCUUGUGAAUCGUUCUAUUCGCACUUAAAUUCAUAUUUCUCUAGUACUCAUCUAUCUUUAUUUGUAUUUAAUAAUGCUCUAACGGAUUUUCAAAUCGAAGUAUACAUUAAAAUUCAAAGUUGCAAUAAAUUAAACAAAUUGAGUAAAAAUAUUUACACAAAAAAUAAAGAAAAAAAUAUAUCCCAAAAAAAUAUUAGACUAUAAUGAAAGAAAAAUAGAUUCCCUAACUUUUUUUAAAAUUUGUAUGUUCUUAUUAUCAAAAACAAUAUAUUUUAACGUAUAUUUUGUAUUUGUAACUUAUAUUAUUAUUAUUAUUGACUAUUUUUAAACGCAACUUAAAUGUAUAUUAAAUUUAUUUUAUGAUUUUUACUAAACCCAGGAGAGUUUAUGUGCUUCUGUUAAGUAGUACAGGAAUAAACCCGAGAGAGUUUACACGUUUCCGUCAGGUAGUAUUGGAGUAGACCCGGAAGAGUUUACCAUCGAAAGUUUAUAAUCGCCCAAAAUUUAGUGUUGCAGUUUUGCACCACCUACCUACUAAAAAGUAGUUCAGCACCAUUUAUGUAAACUUAUCGUCGAUAAGUUAUCGACUUAAUUUAUCGCUUAUUCAUUAGUAUAAUUCUGCUCAAAUCCAAAAACAAAAAAUAGAAUUUCACCAGCCCCUAGUUUUAUUAAAACGACUGUGUUGUACCUGCAAUUUAUUUUUCUAUAUUCUACGUUUAUUUUUCUUGCAUAAUAUUACUUACAUCAUCAGAUGUUUUUCUUCGACAUUUUUUAAAUAAGUUUUUCAUUCGUAUUUUGUCAUAUUUACCACUAGCUCUUAUGAUUUUCGAUCCCGCGAAAGAAACUCAAUCGUUUCAUCCAGAUAGCGAUAGUGCGGCAGGAACUACCAUCCGAAACUCCUCCUUUGAACGUACCGUCAUACUACUCAUACUAUUCUUACUACAUUACUAUUCAAUUCUCAUACUAUUCGGGAAUCAAUGUUGAGUUCAUAAUAGUUUGACUAUCGGCUAUUCCCGAUGCUUCGAGUCUAGUACUCAAGUGUGAUCUAAGUACUAUAGUCUCUAAUCUUCUAUAUUACAGUUCAUGUUCUACACCUUAUACGCGGGAACGAAAAGCGUAAUAAAUCAAAUUUAAAAAUAAUAAUAUAAUUAUUCGAAUCGACGACAUCGUCGAUCAAGAAAACAAUAACACGAGUUUGCGGUGACGAUUCGAUUAUUUAAUAGACGAAGAAACAUAAUAACAUACUGCAACACACUUCCGAGAGUACAUUUAAUGCAUUUUGUGUGUUAGAGACUAAUAAGAGUGAUUAUAAAUACAUAAUAUAACUACAGAACACGAGUAUUUAUUAGGAACGUUCAUUGUUGCGGAUAAGUCAUGGGUUUUCUUGUUUGCAGCAAAGAUCGUUCAGAAUCUUUGAAAAUAUUACAAGAUAGUGAAGCACUCAUUAUCCAACCACAUCAGAAAAAACCAGAGAAAAAAGAGUUGUUAGAAAACUUGUAUUAUGAAGAGACAAGCAGGAAAAUUAAUACAGCCACAUUGUACUCGUGUUCUACUGCUGAGCCAGUCAAGCGCUAUAACAGACAAAAUUCCAUGGUUGCACAUGUUGAGGAUGGACAACUUAAAUACUGGUUGAAAAAUAAUGGAAAGAUUGAACCUACAGUUUCACACCAAAGAUUAUGGACAGAUUAUGGACUAGGUCAUUUAACCAACGAUCCAAUUCUUCAACAACCACAUGAUAACUUGCAUUCCACUGUAACAGAACCUGUUCUUCCAGGAGAUCCAGUACCUGCAGCAGAUCCCAAUGAUGUUUCUAUAGAUCUAAAUCCAAUAUUAUAUGUUUUCUCUAAUGGUCUAAAUCUACAGGAUAUAAUCAAUCUUAAUAGAAAUAUGAGACGUGAUAUAAUGGAACAAUUUCCAUUCGGAGAGGAUCUGGACAUUAGAGCACUGAUUCCUGAAAGAGCACAAAUUGUAAAUCAAAUGGUAUGUAUGGUUUGCGUUAAUGAAAGCGACGAAAAAUACAUAGUGUUACCAUGUGGCCAUGCAUGGUUAUGUAUCGAAUGUGUCAGACAGUUGCAACGGGAAAAUCAAAUGUUUUGUCCUGCAUGUCGGAUUAGAAAUGUUGUAUUUCAAAGAAUGCUCUUUUUUUAAAAUAUGCCUGUAUUUUUAUUUAUUGUAAAAAUAAGAAAUACAUCAACUAGUUACCUGCUUUUUCCAGUCAUGUAUGUACCUAAAAUAAAGUACAAUGUUAUUAUGAUAAAUAAAUGUUUUGCUAUUUUUAA